AUGGACCUCCGACAGAGAGAAGCCAUUGCCACCUUGGAAGAAGCCAUUCAGUUGGCCCGGGGACAACCUGCGCCAACUUCUCAACCGAAUCAGCCACCAAGUGUACCACCACAACAAGGCCCAAACUUAAGUCAUCCACCUCAACCGGCAAGUCCUCAAAGGCCGGAGCAACCUCCUGUUGCCCAGCAGGAUAUUCCAUUUCAAGAUCCUGAGUACAAGCCACCUUCUCGUGUUGGUCAAGAUAAUCCCCAGCGUCCAAGGCAGAAUAGGGCUGGGCAGCCUCCCCUAAGCCCUAGACACCAAACUGCUGUAGAAUCGAAUCCUCCGAGCAGGGGAAAACGCCCUUCUACUAACAGAAGGCAUGCUGAGCCAGGCUCUACAGUCAGGGUCCCCCCACGACAUAAUAAUGCCUGGGAACCCACCGACCGACGCAGGACUCCCCCUGGCGUUCGAGAGGUACGAGUAAGAGGAGGGAAUAGUGCGAUCAGCAGGUCGCGCCAUAGCUAA